GCGGCCGGUGGGCGGAGCUGCUUCGCUCCAGCCCCCCCAAGUAAACAGUCGCUAACAUGGCGGCUCGGAGGCCUCGCUCCGCCUCGGAGCCCGACUGUGAUGAUGAUUCUUAUGAAGUAUUGGAUUUAACAGAAUAUGCAAGGCGUCACCAUUGGUGGAAUCGUGUGUUUGGCCGAAAUUCUGGACCAAUUGUAGAAAAGUAUUCUGUAGCCACUCAGAUUGUAAUGGGCGGAGUGACUGGCUGGUGUGCAGGAUUUUUGUUCCAGAAAGUUGGAAAACUUGCAGCAACUGCAGUAGGUGGUGGAUUUCUUCUACUUCAGAUUGCCAGUCAUAGUGGGUAUGUGCAGGUUGACUGGAAGAGAGUUGAAAAAGAUGUAAACAAAGCAAAAAGACAGAUAAAAAAACGUGCGAACAGGGCAGCACCUGAAAUCAGCACCCUCAUUGAAGAGUCAACAGAAUUUAUCAAACAGAAUAUAGUAGUAUCCAGUGGAUUUGUUGGAGGCUUUUUGUUAGGACUUGCAUCUUAAGGACCUGAAUUUUGUCUUCCUGAUGGCAUCAACCACAACAAAGAACAGUAGUAGUGAUCAGUGCACUGUCUUAAAGCAAAGCAGUGUGGGUCACUGAUCACUCCAGAGCAAGGAGAAUGGACUAGCCAGACAAAUUGGAAGCUUUUAUGUUUUAGGCUUUUGCCUUCUGACGCUUGGCAUAAGAUUUGCUGAAAAACUGCAGUGUGCUCAUAAUAGCAUUUCUGGACAAAACUGGUUAAUUUUCAUCAUGACUUUUUUAUUCUGUGACCAUUCAGAAAAUAGCAUUUUUAAAAUGUAAUUUGUGGGAUAUAGCUAUGUUACAGUAAUAUAAGAAGGAAAGCUCCAUUUUCAAUCUGAUUGUUUUCCAGUUAAAUGUUGUUUUAUCUUUAUUUAAAAGGUAUUGUCCUUCAUGCUGUAGUAAAUAGUGCCAGUUACUAAUAAUGUAUACAAUGUGUAGCUUCAGCCGCAGGGCUGACAAUCUUCCUUAGAAAUCACUGCAAUAAUCUAUAAAUCUGUAAUAACUUUUUACAGAAGUAUUAAGUAACAAAAAAUCAUGAGCAUAUUAAAGAUGAAAAUCAAACCUU